ACCUAAAUCGCCUGCGAUCUAAUUUUCGUAACCAAGCAACACCGUCGCUUCGAUGAAAAAGAGUGUGAAAAAGAUAAGAAAAUGUUAUGUUCUCAGUGGAUUUUCAUUUAAAUCAUGACCUGAUUUAAUUGCUAUGUGACAAGAGUUAGAGCUUGGAAUUAAAAUGAUGGCAGAAACCAAAGCAGUACGAGUUGUGCCCUCGGGACAUAUCUACAAACAAAUAUUUGACGCCCAGGUGCAAUUAGUCAAGACACUGGAGCAAAAUGAUCACCCUCGCCAACAAUGUGAACCUAAGACCUUAUCUGUCCCUUUGGUUCAUGAGAACCGUGCUGAGAUGGGUAAGAGUCUGCUGCCCUCUAGAGAUGUAGAUUGGAUGGAGAGUUUGCCAAACAACCAGCAAACUGAAAACCCUGUCCUUUACAAGCAAUCUGUUGAAAAUGCUGAUAGGAAAGUUAAAGAACCCAAAUCAGUCAUCGCAGCCAGAGAAGUCAGAGGACUUGCUGAUACUAUUGAAUCUGAGAAACUUGGAUCAGAUAUCAUAGAGAGAUUAGCAGAGAGUAGGAGAGUUAGACAUGAUGAGGCUACUGAAGAUCUACAUCAUGAAUUCACAAUCAUUUCAAAUGAUAUUGAGCCUAAGAUAGCAGCCAGUGGUGAACUUUUGAUCAAGAAACUUGAUGGCAAUGAUAAAGAAAUUGAGAAGAUGCUUGCACGGAUAGCUGAUGAUGAUGAACUGAAAGAUUAUAGUCUAUCUGAGUUGGUGAGUCUAUGGGCACAGAUAGAGGAACAAGCAUGGAUAAGAAGAGAGUUUAUCAAUGAAAUGGAUGCAACACUGACGUCAUUAGAAGAUGAUAGGCUAGCCAAGUUGAAAGACAUCCUGAAGACCUACGCCAAGAAGAUGGAAGGCAUUGCCUAUCUGAUGCCCCCUAACGUCCAGAGAUUGAUUGAGAAGGAAUCUACUGUCAUCAAUCAGACGCUGCUCAUAAACAGGAGAGCUUAUACAGAUCUACAUGCUAGAUUAAUGAAGACUGAUAUUGAACGUGAUAAGAACCACAGAGGAAUCUGGGAAGAUAGGCUGGCCGACUGGCGCAAGCUCAACAUUGAGAUUGCUGUCAAGAAAUUCUUGGACUUUAUGCAGAGUGAUCGUAUUGUAAACCCUUCUAAGGUCAAUGUACUAUUGGAAAAGCUACACCAUGAACAAGUUCAGCUCAAUGUUGAAAGACUGGAAAUCUUAGCAAAACUCAAUGAAAUGAAGCCCCCUAGAUCGACCAAGACUGCAGCAUAUCAGUGGAAUAAAGAUAUUGUGAAUUCUUGCCAACGUAUUGAGCAGGUUCAUGUGACUUACCUUGAUGAGUUACAUACGGAAUACGAACAGGUCUGCAAGGAAUGCUUGGAUAGGGUGGAAAGUUUUCAGAGUGAACUCUUGGAUGCUGGAGUCUGUACUGAGCAAAAGGUUGUAGAGGUGACAGAGGAACGGAUUCUACCAGAAGUCGGUCGACGUCAAGUAUCGUUUGAGAAGGCUCUGGAAGAAAUGGAUCUCUCCCUUGAGAGGUUAGCAGAGCGUCAUGCCCAGGAACUCCGAUCACUCUUCAAAUUCACCCAGGGUGCGGCUCACCUCUGGGAUGUCCAUGAAAUCAACCUUGCUAAGAAAGAGCGCCAGCUACAGGAACAACUUGAAGAGUGUCGCAGGAAACAUGACAAUCUCAACCAGGACAUGGAAGCUAAUCUGGAUAUCUUGAUGGAUAGAUUGAGACAGGAAAGUAGUGAAGAAGCUCUUAAAACAACCAUGGAUAAGGCACAUCAAAUGCUUCUAAAGAUUCAAGAUAGCUAUCUGGAUUUCUAUGAGGACCAGGAGGUGAUAGUCCAGGGCUAUCCUGGCAUGGUACAAGAAGAGCUACAACGCUAUGAUGACACACUCUGUAUCUUCUUUGGGGUCGAUAGAAUUAAUCCUCUGGAGAAACAGGCAGAAAGUAAGAAAUUACAAGAAGAACAGGCAAGCAGCAUCAAAAGUCAGUCUGAUUCUCCGAAGUCAUCUAGGGAAGGGAGUAGGGCUGAGAGCAGGACUAGUAGCCAGGGCGGUAGAGAAACCAGUAGCCGGGCUGGUAGUCAGGCCGAUUCCCAGGCAGGCAGCCAAGCGGGAAGUGAAACAGGCAGUCAACCAGACACCUCCCAGUCUACUAAACUGUCUUCAAACAAGUUUGGUAGAAGUAUAAGGGAUUCAUGUCUUAGGAAGACUGUUCUGACAUCAGACCCUAAAACAAGGGAGUCUUCCAGUCGUUCACGAGACAGCCCCUCGUCUCCUGCCCCAAGCCAGGAACCUCCUAUUGUCACCGAGGUGCUCCUCACAUCCAAUGGAACCAACUUCUAUGUCCUGACAGUUGCCGGGGAGCAUGGGAUCACAUCGGAUGGGGACCACAAUGAAGGUCAGGCGGUGUCUGAAGAGGGUCGUCCGGUCUAUCUAGUCAACGUCACCAUCCCGCAAGAAACGCUCAACAAUCUAAGAAAAACAAUGAGGAUGUCAUUUCUGGAGCACCUUGAGGAAUGGAAGGUCUAUGCAGUAGAGAGAGCUCACAGUGUAGUUGCUGCUAAGACUGAGGAGCUAAAGAGUGAGUUAGACCUGAGGCUCCAUCUUCACAAGCCCCGUUCACAGCGCACCGAGCUUGACAUCCACAACGUCCGAGCUGCAGAACUUCUGCUUCAUCAGGAACGGGUCAGCAAGCAUUCUAAGGGCGUGUCUUGCGCUCUGUCAGAGGUCAAGCAGCGGUUUGCUACGAUGCAGAAAGAGCAUGAUGGGGUAGUGGAGAAGUUCAAGCAAGAGAUUGAUACCAUGGAGAAUGUCUUUGUCCAUGCCUCCAGAUCGGCAGAUUUGGUAUCUCUAUCUCAUCAAGUGAACACCAAGGUUGAGUCUCAUAUGGAUGUCAUCAGGGCUUCUUUGAGGCAGUUCAGGACAUACCUUGAUGAUACACUGCAGAUGCUUAGGGAAUCCAAUGCAAGGUUCAUCAAGUCUUUCAAAUUAUUUUCUGGCGGUGGUAACUUCUCUCCCGAGGAGGUAGAAGCUUAUAAGAAGAAAUUAGAGAAGUUAGCGACAAAGAUAGAUUCAGCUGAAGGAUUUGUGAUGGCUGAUUUAGAAGGAAUGGAAGCAAGGAGAUUGGCACAAGCUACUACUAUAGCUGGAAAGUUUGAGGAUAGAUUCAAGAGUCACCUGUUUGAUCUGACAUUCAUUGAGAAGCUGAGUAGAUGGCUAAACAACACACAGGUUAAGAUCAAAGGAGAGGUGGCACAGAGUAAUACACAAGCACAAAGCCUUAUGAGACUCCUUAACAAACUAGAAACUAGAGUAGAUGCCUGUGAAAGACCCAAUCUAGACAAAGAGCAAAUAACCCCUGGUGAGCUACUGGAGACGUUACCAUCUAUCUUCCAAGCAUUUGAUGAGAGAGCUCAAUACCUGAACUGUGCUAAACACCUGUUAUUGAAUGCUCCUACAGCUAACCUAGCUCCAUCCUCUAGGGGAAAUCAAAACACCACACCAAAGGUUGUAUUUACAAGUGAUCAGCAGCAGCAGCAGCAAGGUGUAGGAAGCCAACAGACAUCCAGUACAGCUAUAGCUCAGACACCCAUGACAUCUACUACAACAGCAGCACUUAAAGCAGCCAAGCUACAGUCUGAAGAUGCUGCUGUCUCGGUCAUCAAGAACAUCCUCACAUCACAAAAGCACAAGAUGAAAGGCCAGGAAGAGGAGACACCAUUGACGACUCCAUCUGUAUCUAGACCCCUAGCAUCCCAGCCAGUUUCUACUGCCGGAGACGGGCAGGGAAAGGGUGUGGCUAGACCCCCUGCGAAGCUUGUUGAUAAGGAGAGGUCAAAGGUCAACCAUGUGAAGAGAACCACCUCUAUGACCUCGGAACACAACCCACGGAGAAGUGCUUCCGGAAUUCAAAAGAACAAGAAUAAUGGUCUCAAGUUUGAUCCCAAGUACUAUGUCUUUGGAGAAAAGCCAGAAAAGGAAAUUCAUUUCUUAGCUUUGAUAAAGAAGACACUACAAGAUACCUUGGAUGGUCUGCUUACCACUGCAGAUCUGUACUACAGGCAGAAAGGAAGCCGUCCUGUGACCAGACCUCAAGCCAUUCACGAGAUCUUUGAACAAUGUGCUGAUGUGAUCGUCACUAAACUCCAGUCUUAUUACAAACAGGCCGAUGAAUAUCAUAACCAAUGCUUACAAGAAUUUCGUGAGCAGCUUGAGAGGCUUGAGAUAGAAGUAGCCAAGGUUCCACCACUGGUCAUCAAGCAGCUUCUUAAACAUCACAUUCAGAAAGCUAAUGGUUUGAUGAAACAAGGUGGAGGACAGUUCACACAGAAACUUAGCCAGUGGGAGAAAGCAAGGACCCAGCACAAGAUCUUACUGCGCCCCACCCUAGGGCACCCUCACAAUCACAAUGAGCUUGUAUCGUUAUGUCAUCAGGAAGAGGAGAGGAGGAAGGAAUAUAUGGCUGGGGUCGACGAGAACGCCAAGAAUCUCAAGGAUUCUAUGAAAAGCUGUGGAGAUGACUUUGUGAAGCAGCUUGCUACAACAACAGAGCAGCUUCUUAUUCUCCUUGAUUCAGAACUAACAGUAGAUGAUGUCAUUACUGGCCGGGUGGAUCCAAAGCGUAUGAGAACCAGUGCCUUGAUGAGACGUAAACAAGCAGGGCUCCCUCUAGAAGACAAUGAAUACAUUCCACUCAUCAAGCGUGGCACUCGCCAAUGGGAGGGGCUUCCCCUCAGUAUUCAACCAGAGCCGACUCCCCCUCCUAAAAUAGAGACACAGACCCCUUCCCAGACGCCAUCUCAGACUCGUAGUCGAAGCAGACUGGCUAAGGGUAAGAAGGUGGAGGCUGAAGUAGCUCCUAAACCAACUACGACUGCAGCGGUGACAACGCAGAAGACUACACUGGCCCAUCAAGCAACCUAUGAUGCUAGGAAUCAAGCUAUUAAGCAAAGCACAGCUGACUAUGAGCAGCGGUUGAAGGAGAUCGCUACCAAGCAAGAAGAACAGACCGUUGCAGAGAACAGGUGGACCGGUAGCUGGCAGAAUGCUGUCCAGAAAGUCAAAGACCUCUACUAGAAACAUUCUAUGACUUUACCUUUUAUAAGCAUCAUUGGAGAAAAAGUCUGAGAACUCUAAAAACAUUCCUCUAAUGCAGUUCAGCGGGAUCUGAGAUGUACAGCAUUCUGACAGUCCAAUGGCAUUUAAAACUUUCCUUUGAAGUGAUCCAGCCUUAUCUGCAAAAUUGCAGCUUUUGUUUAUACAAUAUUCUUCUAACCCAAUAUCAGCUGUGAGAAAACUCAAUUUGAUCAUCCACUAUUUGGUUUCAUUUGUGAUUAUCUCCUGCAAUUAGUGUUUUUAAGUUUAGAGUCAGUGCUAGUGUUGGUGUUGAAUGCAUCAUUGAGAUUGCUUUCCCUAAUCUCCUACACCUAAUUAAGUUUAGUGUUGGUGCUAGUGUUGGAUGCAUAAUUGAGAAUGCUCUCCCUAAUCUCCAACACCUAAUCAAGUUUGGUGUUAGUGCCUGUGUUGGUGUGGAAUGCACAAUUUAGAUUGAGAUUGUGGAAUGCAUAAUUGAGAAUGCUCUCCCUUAUCUCCAACACCUAAUCAAGUCUGGUGUUAGUGCUUGUGUUGGUGUGGAAUGCAUAAUUGAGAUUGCUUUCCCUAAUCCCCAACACCUAAUUAAGUUUGGUGUAGGUGCUGGUGUAAGAAGCACAAUUGAGAUUGCCUUCCAUAGCUCUGACAACGAAUUUUAGUUUACAAAAAUCAAAUUCAGAGACAUACUUUUACCCCUCCAAAUUGGCCACAAAAUAAAAUCUCAACUUGAUGCAAUAAGCUCAAAAUUGUUUCUGUCACUUACAAUGCUGAGAAAAUGGUGACUAUCUGAAAUGACGUCUGUAUUAUGCCUAAAAAAUUGUUAUUGAAUCAAAGCUAAAAUACUUUGUUCUCUGUAUGUACUUAGAUUACCUUGAUGUUUUCCAUAGAUUAACUUAUAUAAUGUACAUAUGUAUAUAUUAAAGAAAAAUGUUUCUAUUUAAAAACUUGUAUAGUAUACUUAUAUGCAAAAUUAAUCAAAACUUAAAUUUCUGCUUUACAUCCGUCCAUUGUAAGCCAAUGCAGUGUGUGAUAUCAGCUGGUGAAAACUUUUAACUCCUUAUCAAUAGUGCCUCGAAUUGUUAUAUUCAUAAAGUUUGCUUGAAGUAGUAGGGCUUGAUAUUUACUUUGUGAUAUAAUAUCACUCCAUAGUACAGCAGCUACUCUUUUAAAACCAGGGGGAUGUUUCACAAAGAUUUAAGUAUGAAUUAGAGUCGCACUUAAAUGCCGACGCGUACAAGAUAUGCAAUGGGCAAUCUUAUUGAUUAAUAUGCUGUAGUGCACGUCCUCUUCCCAUGAUCUGACCAAUGAGGUUAUGCCUUUGAUACCGCAUGCAACUAGACAUUUAAGUGUGACUCUAAGUCGUACUUAAAUCUUUGUGAAACACCCCCUAGGGUAAUUAUGCUGCAUCAUUGUAGCAUUGUUAUUAAACUUAUAACAGCACUUCCUAUAUAUAUUCUCUAUAUUUGUAAUCAUUAGAAUUGCUUCUCAUAUCAUGGGGGUAUAAAUCCAGACCAUUGAUGAAAUCAAACAACUUUCAAGUAUAUUGUCAUAAUCACAUUUUGUAUCAUAUUGUCCUUUCAGCUGUUGGGAUCACAAUUAUUUUAUUAAAGCAGGUUAGAUUUUGGACAAAUUAGUCAAAAAUUUCUGUACUGCUGACUCCUAUUCAUAGCUAGGAAAGAUUUGUUGAAUAUUCUCCAUUGAUUGUAAUGUAAAUAAAACCUUAUACUGUCAAACAACUUUAACAAUGAUUUGUUCGAAUUGUUUGGAGUUUUGUAAAAUUUUGUAGAACUUGAAAGCUAUACAGAAUAAUAUAGUGUUGAUAUGGUAGGCCGAUUUGCAUAUCAACUUACUUCAGGCAAGACAAAAAAUAAUAUACAGAACUGCUAUCUGCAACAGCUUUGUGCAUAGGCUACAACCAAAACACACUUAAAAAAUGACAAUAAAUAAAACAUCUCAAAAUUGCAUAGUUUAAAAUUCUUUUAUUAUGAAUACUUUUAGAUGCAAAAAAGUACAAAUCAUGACAUGAUAUAGCAUUCUGUAUACCGUAUUCAUGCCAGUAUUCGGACGGGUAAAAAAUUUUGAUGACUUCGUGGUCUCAAUGUAGAUGAUCAAAAAAUUUACCUUGCCAAGUGCUAAAGAAUUUUCUUGCAUCGAUUUCAAUGUUCAUUUCAUGGCCUGCCGGAGUCGAGCGUAACAGCGCUCGUUUCGGACCCCUUCCGCCCUUUCAGUGGCGGGACAGCUGGCAAAACGCGCGCGCGCUCAUUAUCGAUACUAUUGUUUUAUGAAGUGCGACGAUCGAUGAAGGGGUCUUCUUUGUUUUUAAUUUAAAUAAAGGGGCGGGUGAGCUUAUUGUUUGCCUUUAUUUAAAUUAUGAUCUUAGUGAUUCAAAUUAUAAAGGGGGCUUCAUUGUUGUUUGUUUUUAUUUCAUUUCUUAUUGAAUAAAUUAUCCAUAGAUAAGGGGGGGUGCUCUUAUUUUAUGUAUGAUAAUUUUUAUUCUUAGUGAUUAAUGAUAAAAGGGGAGAAAUAUGGCUUGUUAAUUCCAUACUUUUUUUAAAUCUCAUUCUUAUAGAGAUUGAAUUCAAUAAUAGCAUUGCUUUAUUCUUUGUUGCUUUUCAUCUUAAUUUUCAUUUAUAUAUUGUGAUUGCAUGGAAUGAUAAAAGGAAAAGGCGGGGCUUCUUGGUUGUUUAUUUGUUUUCUAAUUUAUUUUUAUUUUAGUGAUUAAAAUGGUAAAGGGUGGUAGGCAAAUUUUUUUUUUUUAACAUUUUUAUUUUUAGUGAUUAAAAUGGUUAAUGAUUUUUAUUUUAGUGAUUUAAAUGGUCGUGGGCGGCGGAAGCGGGGGACCUGUCUCCCCCCCCUAAAUUUGAGGUGGGGGACGAUCCCCCCCCUAAAUUUUUUGUUAACUUUUUUUUUUUUUGCUUGUCAACAAAAUUUGUGUCGGUCCCAACCCCCGAUAAUUUUGGUUGAUAACCUUUUUUUUGGGGGGGGGGCUUGUCAUGGUGGUACCCCCUUAUUUUUUUGGCUUCCGCCGACAAUGAAAAUGGUUGGUAUAAGGGAUGGUAGACAUGUGGUUUUUUUACCGUUCUAUUUAUUUUAAUUUUUAUUCUUAGUGAUUGAAAUAACAUAAAUUUAUUAAAUUAAUUCAUUAUAUUAAAGUUAUGAAGCCAAAAUAUAAUACAGUUAUUUAUUUACUUUUGUUUUGCUUAUUUAUUUGUGGAUGAAGCCAAAAUAGUAAUAUACUACCACUGUUUUUAAUGUGAAUUAAUUAUUUACAAUACUGUUAUGGAGCAAGAAUGUCCAUCAGGCGGAUAAAUUUCUCUUUUGUGUUUUUUUUGCGGGGGUGGGGGUAUUUAGGGUUUGGAUUAUGCCCAUCCCCACUAAAACUGUAUUUGAUACAUGUGCAUCUGCUUUUUCAGUUGUAUAUAUCAUAUUUAUUCUCGUUUAAAAAAAAUGCCAUUGGAUACACUUUGAUUUAUCAUUCAUAUAUUUUGUAACAACAGAUCCCUCUCUAAUAAGAUUAUUGUUUAAGGUUAUUAUUGUUUGAUAUAAAGUUUGUUUUAUUCGUGUGAAUGUUACCUUAUAAGUCCAGGUCGGGGAGGAAAGCUUGCGGGCUAUAGUAAUUUCUUUCCCAGGCAACUUGGACUUGUACUGUAAACAUCCCUGUUCAUUUUGUCAUUUUUUGCCCUACAUUCUCAUGUAAACUGAUUAAUUGUAAAUUGUUUUUGUUGAAAUGCCGAAUAAAAUGAUGAUAAUAAUAAUAAAGAAGAAAAGGAUUGAAGAAGAAGAAGAAAGAA